UCUCAGAAACCGAGACUCAAAAGCUUAAAAAUAUAUUCAAGUGUUCAUUCGGUAAACUUUGCUGUGCAAUCAAAGACCCAGUCGAAGUGGGGGCUCAACUGCAGGCAAAGCGUCUAUUAUCUUUCUCACGAUGGAAGAUAUGCUGACAUCACCGAAUCUCGACAAGUAAAGGCCAUAACCUUAGUUCGUACUCUCUACAAGAGUAAAGUCACGUUCGGACAGAAUCUUCACCAUCAUUCAAGUAUUUCUUGACGAUCAGUUGCUACAUGAAGCAGGAAAAGAGUUGUGGUUUGAAACAGGAAAAGUGUGUCCUGACAGAACAGCAUUUCUCUUUGGCAGUAAGCUUCCUCCUUCUCCCCUGAAGGAAAA